AUGAUCAGAGCAAGGCCUACUAGCAACGCCUACGCGCGCUCGGAGGACAACAGCCUCGACAACAACAACAAGAUCUCGCUCACCGACCCCGUGCCGAGGGACGACGGCUCGUAUCCGCCGUUGACCGACAUCUCCGACAUCUUCCAGCAGGUGGAGAACUACAUCCUGAGCGGCGACGUCAGGCCUGGCGUGAAGCGGACGGAGAAGGCGCUCCUCUCCUUCUCGAUGACUCGCUGCACACCCUCCCCAACCUCGCAAGUUUACUUCCUAGUAAACUUAGAGACUUCUAUCUUCUGCUUCUCUAUCUUCUUCAUCCUUACUUUACUCGUGUCGUUGACAAUCUCUGUGUUGUGUAUACAACACUCCUCCUUCUUCAACGCCGAGCUCGACCGCAUCCUCGGGCCCGUGCUGCACCCGGACGAGGAGCUGGCGGACUGGGGCUACCUGGGCCUGCAGUACGAGUACAGUGACGGUGCCUUCGAGUCAGGCUACGCCUCCCUGGCCGAACUGGCCUCGGCAGCAUUCGCCAGACCCGCUGUCUCAACGUGA